AUGUCUACAUAUGCUGAUGCUGCUGCUUCCUCAGGACCAAUAGGUGCCGAAAAGAUCCCGGAACCUCCAAAGGUUAAGAAUACCAGUAACCCAAACGGUAACGUUGAAACAUUGGACGAGGAUGAAUUCGAAGAAUUCAAGAAGAAGACUAAUGCUGCAGUUGAACGUGGUGCCAAAAAGGUCAAGGACUUCUCCAAGGAAGCCAAUGAGAAUGGUGAGGCAUACCUUAACAAAUUCAUAGCUAGUGUCAAGACAGGAAUUGACAACGUCACCAAGAGUGUGCGUGACUUUACUGCCAACUUUGGUGAUAACUCAACUCAAUUAGUGGCCAAGGCUUCCGAAGAGUUCAAGAAUCCAGUAGUCAUUACCCAAGCAUUGGUUGGUAUCAGUGGAUUAGUUGCAGGAUACAUGACCUACUUAGAAAGACAUAGAAUUCACAGUGACAACAGGGUGGUUUUAGCAACUCACGGGGCCAUUAUAACUGGUUUGAUUGUGGCCGAUGGUUAUUUAUUCCAAAAAUAUUACCCACAAUACAAGAGCAAGAAAUAA